ACGGCACUUCUGUAAAACUGUAUGAAUCAAAUGUAUAUCGAUUUAAACUUCUAAAAAGGGAAUUUAUUGUUAUUGUAAUCUUUUAUUGUAAUUUAUUUAUUGUAAUGAACAAAACAAAAUAACAAAAACGUAGUUAAUCAUUCCAUUAAUUAGGCAUUCCCGAGACGCAUCGGAAGAAUAGAAUCUGGCCGUAUAGAAAGAAGUGGAAAUAUUAUAAAUUGUUCUGUGCCAUUUGCCGAAAUGGAAAUUUCAGUAAUUAUCUAAUAGGAUUUUUUGCAGUAUCUGCGUGCAGUAUGAUCCUGCUUGUGCUUUCUUGAAAGUUAAAAUAUGGCUGAAUUAAGUGAUUCUGAACUAUCAAAUGAUUGGACUAUUAUACCCUCAACCAAUGAAGCAUUAGAACAACAGUCUCAAGAUACUUCUUUAAGUAGUAGCUCCAUGAGUGUGGUAGAAAAUGAUGAUACUGUUAAAAAUUCCUGUGUUGAAGAGUUGGAAGAACACCAAGAAAAUUUAGUUCCUACACAUAAAGAAAACAUAAUUCAGAGUGAUAGUUCUACCUCCAGUGAUGUUGAUAUAAUAGAUGAAAAUCCAGAAGAUACUUUUGCCAGUCUGUCACAUCCUUCAUCAGAUUUGCUGAUAAGCUCUUCUGUUGGCAAGUUCAUUUAUGUUAUGAAUUUUUAG